AGCGCCAAAUAAUAAUGAUUAAGUAUUUUUUAUUUUUUGAUAAUAAAUGUGAAUACUGUAAUGGAUGUAAAAAAAAUUUAACUCUUCUAAAGUGAAAGUUUUACACAAUAAUGUAUCGAUUUUAACUAAUCGAUGUAAUACAAAGGUAUCAACUUCAGAAUGCCUUUUAAAAAAACAGAAUUACUUAAAUCUCGGUCAAAGGAACUCGAAAAAUUGUCCGAAAAGAAUGGUUUACGCCAUUCUAUAUAUAGUAUUGGUAAAGAUAAAUAUAAGGGUGAAUGGAAAAACAACCUGAAAGAUGGUAAAGGAGUUUACCUAAGUAGGACCAAACAACUGUAUGAAGGAGACUGGGCAGAAAAUUAUCGUCAUGGAUUCGGUAUUUUGGCUGUACCAUUAGAAAAAAUAUUUAUACUUAAAUAUCGUGGAGACUGGAGAAGAGGAUUGUACGGUGGGUUUGGCGAAGAACACUACCCUGAUGGCUCGUAUUAUAUUGGUUAUUUUAAAAAUAGCAAAAAGCAUGGUGAAGGUGAGAUGUGGUAUGCCGAUGCUUCUUACUAUUAUGGUGACUGGAGAAGAGGAGGACGACACGGGUUUGGUAUGUUUAUAGAACCGCCUAUUGAGCCUAGAGGUAAAAGUUACGGUAACAGAUAUGAAGGACAGUGGGCUAAUGACUUAAAACAUGGUAAAGGUAGAUAUUUUCACCUAGACAGUGGCCAAAUGCAAGAAGGAGUUUGGAGAGAAGACAUAUGCAUUUUCAGUGUAAUGAUUGACAUCUACUUUAGACAGAGCGCAGUCAUUCCUUCACCUUACCCUAUUCCUCCGCACCAACUUCAAGAUAUUGAUGGUGUCUGUAAUAAAAGAGAAGCAGAAGCGUUGGAAAAUGCUGACGAACCUUGUUCUAUAUCAUCAUUUACACAUUCUUCUAAAUCGACGGUAAUGAGAAAAGAAACAGCGGCAUCAUAACGCACUGUAAACUAGUUAGAUAAAUAUACAAUUUGAGAAUUAGUAUAAAUUAAAAUAAAUAUCACUCUAAAGAAAUUUUAUUGUGUAUUUUCUCCGUCAUAAAAAAAAUAUUGCCAUAAUUGCAGACUCACAAAUAAUUACCUACAGUUACAUAAUUUACAAUAAGGUUUAUGAUCACAGAUUCAUUUAUAACGUCUACUUUUUUUAUUUAUUAGUAUAAAUUUUUCAAGAUACUCCCAUAAAUAACCAAUUGUAUAUUAUAAUCUUACCUAUAUAAACAUUGUCCUUUAACUGUUAGAUUGGAUAUGUUAAUAUCUAUUAUAAUAACGAUAAAUAAAAUAAUAUAGCACGUAAGAUAAAGGUAGAAGAUACCUAAAAACGAAUUUUAUUACAAAGGUAGUUUGGAUCACCCGUUUUUUUAACCACAUUUUUUGAGUUCUGUAUAAAAAUUUACUAUUUUUGAAGUCUUAUUAAGAAGAUUCUUCAAACACUUCAAAAUUUUUUGUUAUCUAAAAACAAUUAUUCUCUCAAUUUAAACAUGCUUGUCGUAA